AUGAGUGCCAUACUCUCUGCUGACGAUCUAAAUGAUUUCAUAUCGCCAGGAGUCGCAUGCGUCAAACCAGUGGAGCUGGCAAAGAACGAUCAGGAAGCGGGAGAGGUCGAAAUCCAGAUAGAUGAGAACGGGAACCCACUAGAGAUCUCCAAGAUCGACGGAAAAGUCGCUGCUCUUUCUCCAGCACAGAUCUCGUUGGCAGACUGCUUAGCCUGUUCUGGAUGCAUCACGUCUGCCGAGGAAGUUCUUGUGGCGCAACACUCUCACGAACAGCUACUAAAAGCCAUACAAGAAAACGAUAACAAGAAGGUGUUUGUUGCUAGUAUCAGCCACCAGCUGCGUGCUUCGUUGGCUCAUGCCUACAAGCUUCCAGUGGGGGAAAUGGAUCGACUCUUGGUGAAUUUACUCGCAAACCAGAUGGGCUUUCAGUACAUAGUGGGCACGGCCUUGGGCAGAAAGCUUUCGUUACUUCAGGAGGCACAAGGCGUUAUGUCAAGGAGACUGGCGGAUGGCAGCUCCAAAGCUCCUGUUUUACUGUCGAUCUGCCCCGGGUGGGUGCUUUAUGCCGAAAAGACCCAUCCCUAUGUGUUGCCUAUGCUCUCUACAACAAAGUCUCCCCAGCAGAUUACGGGCUGUCUUCUCAAGACACUAGUGGCGAAGGAGUUAGGCAUCUCAAGAAGCGACAUAUAUCAUCUUUCGAUAAUGCCGUGCUUCGAUAAAAAACUAGAGAGUGCUAGACCAGAGAACACACCGGUGGAAACAGCGGCGCCUGACGUUGAUUGUGUUCUUACAGCGAAGGAGCUCGUCAACCUCUUGGAAAACCUGAAGUAUGAGCUCAUGCCUACGAAUGCCGCCAAGAUUGCGUCACAGAACGCUAAUAUUUAUAAUCUAAUGGCUCCUUCUCUCUGGCCACACAAAGAACUUUCAUGGGCAAACGACUCUGGCUCGCUGUCUGGAGGCUACGCCUACAACUAUUUAAUGCUCACCAGGAACCACAUGGUUUGCACUCGGCCAGAAACAUACCUGGAAGCUGACUUCGAGGUGGUGACCAUAGAGGGCAAAAACUCUGACUUGUACGAGUUAAGACUCAUGCAUAAGCCCAGCGGGCAGAAAAUCGCUUCUGCAGCUGUGGUAAACGGUUUCAAAAACAUUCAAAACUUGGUAAGGAAACUCAAGCCAGCUCCUGGAGGAGCUUCCAAACAGGGAAAGGUCAAUCCUCUUGCAGCCAGAAGAAGAGCAAGAAUGGGCGCAAAGAAUGGGUCUCCAGCUUCAGAGGCAGCUUCAGACACUGCUGACGCCUCCAAAUGUGAUUAUGUUGAAGUCAUGGCGUGCCCGGACGGGUGCAUCAACGGGGGUGGCCAGAUCACGCGACCACAGGACAUUGCAGAGAAGGAAUGGCUUUCACAGGUCAAGGAUAUUUAUAGAGAUAUUGGUACAGUGGACAUCUCGAGCAUGGACAAUGCAGAGAUGGCGAAAAAAAUGGAGCAGUGGGCAGAAAGCUUCUGCGAAGAGAGUCAAAUACCAACAGAGCGGCUCUUUGCCACUCAUUUCAACGAGGUCGAGAAGCCUACCGAUCCAAAUGCUGUGCUUUUGGGUGCCAAAUGGUAA